AUGGUGACGAGGGAAGUAGCCCUGUUCAGCAGUUGCCUGGGGCAGUUGCUUCUGGAGAGCUGCUUUCGCCUGACCAGGGUCAUCAAUGUAGAGGCAGAACUCAGCUUGCCACCCAGGGUCAGCAAUGUAGAGGCAGAACUCAGCUUGCCACCUAGGGUGAGCAAUGUAGAGGCAGAAGUCAUCUUGCCACGUAGGUUCGUCAGUGUAGAGACCCAAGUCAGCUUGCCACUAGCUCCCAGCUCGGACACUGCUCCAGAGCAGCCGGCGGCAGAGUGCCACAGAGCCCAAGAAGAUGCAGGGAUGAUCUUCAGCCUCGCCUGCACACUGGCAGUCUGCCUGUGGAACUGGCUGCAACACACACACCCCUUUGCUAGGCUGAAGACAUCCCUGGAGAACCAGAGGUUCAAGGCAGCCCUGGAAAACAGGUUCUUGGUGCUGCUCGUAGUGCUUCUGGUUGGCAUUUACUGUGGGACUCUGCUGUCAGCGUGGAGGAUGCAGGCGAAGGCAGGCACAGAGGAAGAUGACAAGGGAGCACUGGAGAUGUCUUUUCAUGUCAACAUGAUGAAUUCUGACUGGGCCCUGAAAAGCUUGGGUGCCACCAUUGACAUGAAGAGAACUUCCCCCACCUACAGGUGCGGAUGGAAGUGGGGCUACAGUCUUUUGCUGAACAGAAGGUGCACUGAGGAUGAGCCUGACACCAUCUUGCAGAUGGAUGUCUCCCAGGGCAAGCGCUGGUGUUUCCCAGGGCAUUCUGGCUACCUUGUCAUCAGGCUGCCAGCCCGAGUCCACCUGACUGCCAUCGCUGUGCAGCACAUCGUUGAGGAAGACUCCUUGUCUGUGGCUGCCAGCAGUGCUCCCAAAGGCCUGGCUGUCUAUGGAUUUGAGGCUGAAAGUGAAGAGGAAACUUGGCUCGGUUCGUUCAUCUAUGAUGUGGCAAAAGAGUCCAUUCAGCCCUUCUCUCUGAAGACUGUCAAGGCCAUGUGUGAAAAUAGAUGA